AACGCACCACCGCCAUUAUGGCUCGCCCGCGUCGACCGUCCGCAGCGUCGGACAUGAGUUCGAUACCCGAUCAGAAUCAGGAGUUGGGUAGCAUGUACGAUUACCUUGCCAAAAUCGUCCUGCUCGGCCCUUCUGGCACCGGGAAAUCCUGCCUCCUUCACCGUUUCGUCAAGAGCGAAUGGCGCGUCCUCUCCUCGCAGACCAUCGGCGUCGAGUUCUCCUCCAAGAUUGUAAAGUGCGGCACGGCGCCCAACAACAGAAGACGCAUCAAGCUCCAGCUGUGGGACACCGCCGGGACCGAGCGCUUCCGCAGCGUGAGCCGUUCGUACUAUCGCGGCGCCGCGGGUGCGAUCCUGGUCUACGACGUGGCCAGUCUCGCCAGUUUCAACGCCCUACCGACGUUCCUCAGCGACGCCCGCGCCCUGGCGAGUCCGCAAUUGACCGUGAUACUCGCGGCAAACAAGUCCGACCUGGCAGACGCUUCGCGCACACAACCACAGCCCAUGAACGGCGCUGCGGCAUCGUCGACGCAGCUGGUUGGAGCGGCCGGGCAACAACAACAACAACACCAACAAGAUCAACAAACACCCUCCGCCUCUAGCGCCUCGAGUCGGCAAUCCUAUUUCCCCUACGAGUCCGGCGGCACGCCCGGCGGCGGCACACCUAGCGGCACGACACGGUCUCGCGCGGACUCGCUCCUCCUUCACACCUCGAGUAAAUGGACGGCCACGACGUCGACAGAAGGUAGAGAGGUGCCGUCGGACCUGGCGGCCCGCUGGGCCAGCCAAGUGCGGAUCCCCGUCACCAUGGAAGUCAGCGCGUUGACGGGCGAGAACGUCGACGAGCUGUUCAACCGCCUGGCGCGCAUGAUCUUGACCAAGAUCGAGCUCGGCGAGAUCGACCCCGACGACCCGGCCAGCGGUAUCCAGUACGGCGACGGUGGCGGUUGGGACGGAGACGCGAGCGUACGGUCCGGCGUGGCGGGAGACGACGGCAGCACUCUACGAAGACGGCGGAGACGGGGCGCCGGCGGACGAAACGGCAUCCUCACCAAUCUCGGCGAGUGGGAGGACGUAUUCCGGAGACCUCCUUCUAGAGGAGGAGGAAGGUGUUGUUGACACCACACCACCACACACCGACACGGCCCAAUUUCGUGGGGAAAAAAGACGAGACGAUGUGACGACCAGCAUCCCACUACUACGUUCAUUCAGGGGAUUUCCUUCUCAUAGACCUUUUUUUUGUUGAUCUUUUUCUUUUGUGCUUUGUCUUCUUUCGUCACCAUUUUGUUCUGUCCGCUCAACUUUCUAGACGCGGGCGUAAGAACACAGCAAGCGAGCGAAGCGACUUUGUAAAGCCAUGGACAGAGUUGAUCUGAAAUCACCAACCCGGCGUCUCAGUAGGGUCUUGUCAUGUCUGUUUUUUUUUGUGUUGUGUACAGAAGAUUUCAAGGGCACAAUUCAGGCACACCCGUUUUACAACAUGGCGAGCGUGUUUCAAUGUGCUGGUCCACAUGGAGAUGCAGAUAAUGUCUAAUACUAUAGUAAUCUUGCC